AUGAUGUCUGCUGAAUAUUUUCAUCUACGCUUAAUUACUAUCAUUUCAUAUUUCAUUAUUAUUCAUGGCCGUUUCCUGGAAAGAACCUCAGAGGCCUUAAUGAGUGGUAAUUCACUGGAAAACAUCAAUCCGGAACAGUGCCUGAAGAAAACGAUAGAGAUAACUUCUAGAAACUAUUCGUUUGGUUUUAUUGAUACUUUCUACGAUAUUGCACAAAAAAUAUGUCAAAGCAUGCAAACCGAACUUAGUGAUACUAAUGUGCAAGUUGGUAAAGUUAUAAGAUUUAAAGGUUAA